AUGGUGCUGAGACACCGGGCACCCCAUGAGGUGCUGAGUGAGGCUGACCUUGAGGAGGUGGCACAGCGGAAACCCCCCCCAGAGCUGUCACUGCACAGCUGUCUCCAUAAGACCAGAUGCUCAGCCUCCACUGCCAAGUCCCUGCUCUUUCGGUUCCUGCCCUUCCUGCACUGGCUGCCUCGCUACCCAGUCAAGGAGUGGCUCCUGGGGGACAUCACCUCAGGAUUCAGUGUGGGCAUCAUGCACCUGCCCCAAGGGCUUGCCUAUGCACUGCUGGCUGGACUGCCACCCGUCACCGGUCUCUAUUCCUCCUUUUACCCUGUCUUUCUCUACUUCUUCUUCGGGACAUCGAGGCACAACUCUGUGGGCCCCUUUGCUGUCAUCUCUGUCAUGAUUGGGAGCUUGACAGAGUCUCUGCUGCCCAGCGAGAACUUCCUGGAGUCUGUCAAUGGCAGCAACAUGACAGUCAAUGAGGAACAGUUGAACGCUGCCAGGGUGGAGCUGGUGGCCACCAUCACUGUCCUGACAGGCAUCUUCCAGGUGGCCCUGGGCCUCCUGCAGUUCGGCUUUGUGGUAACCUACCUCUCAGACCCACUGGUGCGUGGCUACACCACUGCUGCCUCUAUACACGUCCUCGUCUCCCAGCUCAAGAAUGUCUUUGGGGUCUCUGUGGGUGAGCAGUCAGGACCACUUUCAAUGUUUGUGACUGUCAUUGAGCUCUGCAAGAAGCUUCCAGAGACCAAUGUGGGCACACUGGUGACAGCCAUCAUUGCCAUGGUGGCCAUCUUCCUAGUGAAAGAGCUCAACCACAGGCUGGCUGCAAAGCUGCCCAUGCCCAUCCCCAUCGAGCUUAUCACGAUCAUCGUCUCCACUGGCAUCUCCUAUGGCGUCAACUUGAAAGACAAGUUUGGCAUCUCUGUGGUGGGCAACAUCCCCAGUGGGUUGAAGGCUCCUGUGGCCCCUAAUGUCAGCUACUUUGGGCAAGUGGUGGGCAAUGCCUUUGCCAUUGCUGUGGUGGGAUAUGCCAUCUGCAUCUCCCUGGGCAAGAUCUUUGCCCUGAAGCAUGGCUACAAAGUGGACAGCAACCAGGAGCUGAUUGCACUGGGCCUCUGCAACUUCCUGGGGGGCUUCUUCCAGUGUUUUGCCAUCAGCUGUUCCAUGUCACGGAGCCUGGUGCAGGAGAGCACAGGGGGCAAUAGCCAGGUAGCUGGUGUCAUUGCAUCCUUGGUCAUCCUAGUGACCAUCCUGAAGAUUGGGGAGCUCUUCCGAGACCUGCCCAAGGCCAUCUUGUCUGCCAUCAUCAUUGUCAACCUCAAAGGCAUGUUCAAGCAGUUCAGUGAUGUCCGCACGCUCUGGAAGUCCAACCGGGUGGACCUGAUGGUCUGGAUUGUGACAUUUGUGGCCACCCUUCUGCUGAACUUGGACAUCGGCCUGGGGGCCUCAGUAGCUUUUGGGCUGCUCACAGUCAUCUUCCGCACCCAGCUCCCCCACUAUUCGAUCCUGGGACAGAUCUCUGACACAGAUGUCUACAGAGACGUGGCUGAAUACCAGAUGGCACAGGAGGUCCCUGGUGUGAAGAUAUUCAGGUCCUCCUCCACUAUCUAUUUUGCUAAUGUGGAGCUGUAUGCUGAGGCCCUGAAGAAGAAGAGUGGCAUGAAUGUGGACCGCCUGAUUGAGAAGAAGAAGAAGGCCCUCAAGAAGCUGAAGAAACAACAGAAGAAAGUAGAGAAGGAGAAGGCAAAGAGGAAAAAGGACAUGCAGAAUGGGCAGAAUGGUCCAGGCAUAGCAGUGGUAGAGCUGAGCAGCACAGAACACAGCUCAAACCCUGAACCUACCCUGCAUGCCCUGGGACUGCCCCAGCCUGACUUCCACGCUGUCGUCUUGGACUUCAGCCCUGUCAGCUUCGUGGACACUGUUUCCAUCAAGAUCCUCAAGAAUAUCUUCAGGGAUUUCCGUGACAUAGAAGUGGAUGUCUUUGUUGCUUGCUGCCCAGUGUCUGUCCUUGCCCAGCUGGAGCGGGGCAACUUCUUCAGCUCAACCAUCACCAAGCACUGCUUCUUCCCUUCGGUGCAUGACGCUGUGGUCCACAGCACCAGGGAACGACGCCUGCCCUCAGUGGAAAUCAGCACCAAAAUGUAG